AUGGCUUCUACUGUCACUGACACUUGGAGCGCCGGAGAACGCAGAGUAUGUCGGAUCAACAACCACGAGUUUCAGGUUGGGGAGGUGUGGCAUCCGCUCCUGCGUGGGACGUCCGCUAGUUACUGCGCCACCUGCAGGUGUGUCUUGGAGGAUGACCAGCCGAACUACAAGUGCGAGAGCGAGCAGUGUCCCGACACCUGUACAGGUGAACCUGACCAGAGCGAGUGCUGUGCUAUAUGCUCAGGUUCCAGCGACGAGACCUCCUCAGCCAUAGACGCCUCCGCCACUGCUAGCAGUGGCGAGGAGGGCGGUGGUGGUGGUUCCUCUUCCUCCUCUGCCUCCUCCUCCUCCUUCGCCUCCUCCUCGUCCUCGCCGCCCUCUUCGAGCACGUACAAAGGGCGCGCCGUUGGAGAGACCUACACCCCGAGUUCCUGCAAAGUUUCCGGGAAGCUAUACAGGCAUGGAGAGACCUUCUCGUCCAACUACAGCGACGCCGUCGAGGAGAAGUGUGAGCAGUGCUACUGCAACGACGGACUAACGCAGUGCAGGACCAAAACCUGCCCACCCAUCCUCUGCUCCAACCCAAUUUACACGACCCACGAUUGCUGCCGAACGUGCAUAGACUCGGACUCCAACGACCUGAACUGGGACGCCGUGAUGUCGUUCUCCGACCCCAACUCCCCCAAACGCAAGUGGAACCACGACUGCGCCCUGGGGAACCGCUACUACACCAACGGCUCCAUCUGGCACCCCAUCCUGGGGCCCUUCGGCAAGAUGAACUGCGUCGUCUGCCGCUGCUUCAACUACAAGAUCGACUGCAUGCGGCUCAAGUGCCCCACCAGGGAGCAGCUCCAGUGCGAACAGCCCGUCCAGGUGACCGGCCAGUGCUGCAAGGUCUGCCCUCUGAACCCCAAGACUCCAGGAGUGCCCAACGGCCAACCACCAAUGUCCGGAACCAUGGUGAGGUGCCUGAACGCCCGAAUGGACAUGGCUGUCUGGAGGAACGAAGGCGGUGGUGGAAAGUCCAGCGUACUGCAGCACGUGUUCCAGCCCCUGCAGGAGUCAGACGACCUCAGGAUGCAUCAGGUGUACCUCCAAGACGGGAACGUCAUCGACAUCCGGUUUACACACAUAACCAGCGUCCAGUUCGAAGAUUUGCGCAACAAGUUCCAGUUUACGCUCGUGGGCGCCACUACAAGAAAGCUGAUGGACAAGUUCCGGAAACGCGUGGAGAGGUUCCACAACCGCUGCAAGGAGGCCGCGGAGCACCCGAGCCGCUCCUGCACGGAGAGGCGCGUCAAGCAGCUGGAGAAGGUGCUGAAGACCAAGCCGCCCCAGGAGAAGUUCCAGUGUAACCGAGGCGAGAAGGAGAUUUGAACACGACAGAGACCUAGUCUUCUAACUUUCUAGUCAGAGAAAUAUAUAAUUAAAAAUAAAAAAUGUUUACCAGUACCACAAAAAAUAAUAAUAUACAGCGAGGGGAUGCCCGCGCGAAAUCUGUAGAACUGUAGUCAAUCUCUGGCGAAUAAACGAAGGAAAAGAUCUCGACGAGAAGAGCGAGGCGUGAGUGCAUUCGAUGGCGUGUGGAGUCGAACGGAGGUUUUUAGACGACCUCUUUUCCAAAAACAGAAGCUGCAGGCCAUUCCCUUUUCCUACUCCUCCUCCAACUCCCUCUCUCCUAAUCAUAGACAUCCAAUUUCCCAUCCCUUCCCUUCCCUCCCAACUCCCUUCCAUUCUCACGCUCAGUAACAGCAAGGCCCGACCUACAACUUCCCUUCCGUUAGGAUUUAUUUCGACCGAGCAAUACCACAGAGAUGGCAACUGGUCGCAGUGUAUCGAAUAACAUUUUACGUUCUUGGUUCCCAUUGCUGAAUUUUUUGCCCCCUGCCCCCCACCCCCCUCUCCUUCAUUUACAGGGACCUGAACUCACGUCAAACUACUACACGUCAGGGUAUAAGGAUGAAGCACUUCGGAUACCUUUUACAGAGAGUCAAACUCGAUACAAAAAGGCACCUAGUGAUGCCCUCGUGGUGCAGACAGUGAUUAUGUCCUAAGUACUGUAAACCUUGUGUGUGUGUUUUGGGCUGGGAUGCCUCGCGCAUUCUGAUCUCCCACGAGAUAGUGAUGACGAUGACAGUGGUGGUGGUGAUAUCAACAACCUAGGAAGAAAAAUCAGUGGUGAAGUAAUGAAGAUGAGAUAGCAGGACCUUUUUUCAAUUAGGGACGAGAAUCAGAAGUGCAGAAAAAUGGACCCAUGGUGUGAGAGGGGAUCGAGUCGUGUAGAGGAAUCUGAAUGUUCAAAAAAAAAAAUCUCCUUGCAAAGGAAGGCAAAAGGAGCAGAACAUAAGAAAACAGAAAAGAGGAAGAAGCAGAUGACCUAACACCACUAGGAAGUGAUUGUACUGUUCCAGUGAAUCAACAGAAUUUUUACAUAUGAGACUUACGAAGUUUUUCUUUGCUUAGAUUGUUGUGAAAAAUUAUAAUCACAAAAUUUUAUGAAGGUUUAAUAUAUAUAUCUAUAUUCAAAAUGCAAAAGUACUUGCAAACACACAUACAGUUGCAUGUUUUAUAUAAGCUCCUAGUCAGUCAACGCAUUAGCCCUCAAAUGCUGUACAGUAAAAGACACUCCAGACCAGGUGUUCCCAUAGCUGAUUAGAUACAUUUCGCUGCAUUUAUUUUCUGCUUUCUACGUAUUAGAGCUUCCCGAUCUGAAACGUCUAGUUUACUCUGUUCCCGUAGUCUGAAUGAAACGUGACGGAGUUAUGUUUUCGUAAGCGCUGUGUAUAUAUCUAAACUAUUUUUCUAAGUGUUGUUGAUAACGAAACUGAAGAAAAAAUUCCAAAAAAAAAAAAAUUGAGACUUAACUACUAAAAAGCUAGAAUCUUUUGUUUUAAAUCUGUUCUGACAUAAGGAACUAAUAAGGCUGAAAAAUCAAUACCUUCCAAUAUUUUUUUCUUUGAUAGUUAUGCCUGGUUAACCUAGCUAGCAUAAAGGGGUUAAUGCUCUUGAAACUGUACUUACUCACACAAGACUAAGUUGUACACAUGAAAAAUGAUAAUGCACAUCACGUGUGCAUGACUGUACCCAUGUGCAACUACAGACACAGUGACAUGCAUCAAAGACCAAAACAAAAUCGUGAGUUUUUUGGCUCUUACACGUCUAGUUUUGUGAAAUCACUUCCUAUGUAAUGGGGCUGAGCGCAUUACAUAUUCUUGAGCCCUGUGGCUAGGGGUAUAUUCCAACGCCUGAGCCUCAGGUACCCAAAUUCUAACCUUAGGUGCCAUAAUCAGUCAUGCAACACCACUUAAUCUUGGGUCAGGUAAGCUGCCUGAAGUAUGGAGGCCAGUAAUCACUAACUUUAUAGCCUUAACUUUUGUUACAUAAAUACGUAUCUCGGCACAACCUGUCACAGUG